ACUCUCUUCUUCAAAUUGACCUUUCACCAUCAACCCAUGGAUGUUCAUCCAAAAAAAUGGUACCCCAUUUGGACCUACUUCUCUUAGCCUUCCUCCAUGGCUCCUUCAUUUCCUGUGUUAUUCUCGUGGCUAUCUUCCUCAUCUUAAUCACCCUCCUUCUUGCUUGCUCCUUAACAGUCUUCUCCAUUGUUGUAAUCGAUGUAUACACCAUCUUCUCACUGCUUCCUCAGUAUUUUCAAUACAUGAAGGCUGAUCUUGAAUUGGGUUUCGUCUUCCUCCUCUACACAGCAAUGAAUUCUGCAAUUUCUGCCAUUUCAUCUGCAGAACCAUCAUUUAAUCGUAUGGUUUCUUCACUCAAGUCCAAAACUCAACAUGCCAGAAACAAAAUCGACUCUCUGCUCUUCAUCAGCACCCCACGAUUAUGAUCUUCUCCACAAAUUGUGGAGGAAAUGUGUCCACUACCAUCAAAGAGAUGGAUCAAUGUAUCAAUGUAUCAAUAAUUCAUCAUUUUGCUUUUAAUCUUAAUCUAUAAAAGCUGCUAAUUGUCUAUUUGUUACCAAAAAUCUUCAUCAUGAAUCAACAUGGGGUGCAUCAAUCAUUGAACAAAAUUCAUUCCGAUGU